GCAUAAACUAACUCAUUUCCUCAUUAUUCGUUGACUUGUAGAUGCGGAUCUGGUCUUCAGUUUCAUUAGUAUUUAGGACAACACAAGUUGAGUAGCUGAGGAACCCAUGAGUAUUGCCGGUAUGUGGAAAUAUGUGUGCUUUGUUUUGGUUUUCCAAUUUGUUUUUCGUGAGGGUGAGAGUGUAACAUUCAUCAAACCAAAAGGAGUGGUGAGAAAUCUCAUCGUAUCCACGAAUAACGGAUAUAUACAGGGUCGCACGAAAACCACAUACAACGGUAAGACAUUUUGGGCAUACCAAGGAAUUCCAUAUGCGAAACCACCGAUUGGCAACCUCAGAUUUCGAGCUUCGGAACCAUCUAUGCCCUGGAAAGGUGUUUUGGAUGCUACUGAAGAAGGUCAAACUUGUGUUGAAACGAUACCUGGCAAUUCUGAUGUAACUGUUUCUGGAUAUGAGGACUGCUUAUACAUAAACGUGUAUGCCCCAGAAAAUCCACAGAAUACCAGCCUACUGAAGCCAGUAUUAAUUUGGAUAUAUGGUGGAGCAUUCAUAUUUGGUAAUUCGUCCUCAGAAUUUUAUGGACCAGACAACUUCUUAGAUAGGGAUAUAGUAGUGGUGACAUUCAAUUACCGAGUUGGCAUUUUUGGAUUUCUCAGUACCAUGGACAUGGAGAGUCCUGGCAACUAUGGCUUGAAAGACCAAAACCUUGCUUUGAAGUGGGUGCAGCUGAAUAUAAAAAAUUUCGGUGGCGACAAGAAUAGUGUCACGAUUGCUGGCCAGAGCGCUGGAGCUGCGUCUGUAUUUUAUCACAUAGCAUCACCGAAAAGCGAAGGGCUAUUUAAUAAUGCUAUAGCAAAUAGUGGGAGUUCCUUGUGUUCAUGGUCGUACCAAAGAAAUCCAAAAAGAAUAGCUUUCGAUGUCGGAUUAGCAGUGGGAAUUAAAACGAAAAAUACUGAAGACUUAGUGGCAAGACUCAGAAAGACUGAUAUUGAAGAGCUGAAGAAAGCGUCCAGACUGAUAGUCCUCCUGUUCGUACCUCAGACUGAUAGAGAAGGAUUUCCAUUUGGUCCGUCCAUAGAGCCUUAUCACAGAGAUGCGUUUCUAACCAAUACUGCAUUUUCGAGUUUUGAAAAGGGAAACUUCAACAGAGUGCCAAUUCUGACGGGAGUGAAUACUCUGGAAACAAUGUUUUUCGAUGUGGUAUUUGACCUGAUACGACCACUGAAUAUCCUUUAUGACUUGAGUCCUGGAUCAUUGCCUAGUUCUGAAAUGAACAUCAAGACUGCUGAAGAAAGAAGAAAAGCUGGGCUAGCAAUUAAGAAGCUAUAUUUCAAAAGCGGAUCAUAUAUUGAAGCUACAAAAAAAGAAUUAUUCGAAUAUACAUCUGAUGAGAGAUUUAUACGUCCUAUAAGAAAGACGGUGCAAUUAGUCUCCAGAUACACACAGCUUUAUUUUUAUGUGUUUUCCUAUGUGGGUGAUUACGGCUUGACAGUAUUAGAAGGGAUAUUAGACUCACGGCCAGUCCACGGAGUACCUCAUCUAGAAGAAGAAGCAUAUGUUUGGAAAAGAAGCCCAGUCCCUCAUCCUGAAGGUCUGGAUAAACUAACAUUACUGAGAGUGAUGCAAAUGUGGAGUAAUUUCAUUAAAACCAGCAAUCCAACCCCCCUUAGAGAUGAUUUACUGCAAGGGGUAGUCUGGCCACAAGUUAGAUCUCCAAAAAACAUCACUUACCUCGAAAUAGAUAAAGAUUUGUCGAUAAAAUAUAAUUACAGGCAAAUGUAUAUGGAAUAUUGGGAUAAACUUUAUAAAAUUUACGGGCACCGACCAUAUUCUACAUAUUGAUCAUAAAGACUAAAUCAACAAAGAUAUACAAAUUCAAUCCAUUAUUUAUUAUGUAAUUUGUGUUUUUGGAAAUAUUUGCGAAGACUCAUGAUGGGAAUUUCGAUAUAUUACUUAGACAGCAAUAAACUUAGUGCCACAUAGAGGUAAAACAAAUGAAUUGUGAUAUUUUAACAUUGCUCAAUUUUAGAGCUAAAUUGUUUCAAAUUAGAAAUAUACUCUACAGCCAAAAAUGUUUUUUACUACUGCAUGCAUUCGAAAUUAGUUUACUUCCUAUCAGAACUGAGGUGAUGGUGAUUAUAGAAAAUUCCAAAUUAUGCCGGCAAGUUCUGAAGGCAUACGCCUGUUUUUUCGAAAAUGUUCAGAAGUAUAGUGGUGUGUCCUAUGUGAACAAAAACAAAUACUUAAGUUAUGGGUAAAAACGAGGCUUUCCCAAUUCAUUAUUCACAAGAUUGACUUAUUUCUCUAGCAAUGAUUUUAUAUUCGGUUAUUGAAAAAUCAAACUGAAUACGAAGGAAACUACAGCAGUGAUUAAAUUCAGUAUUCGAAAUGAAUUAGCAACCACAUGAGCAGCAGACGUUGUUGUAGGAGUUGGUGGUGUAUCGCUUAUUGUUUCAUUUCCCUCUAGCAAGGUUGAAGCGAGAGUGACACGUUCAAAUACAGCAAUCUUUUUCUUGGAAUCACAAUUGAGCGGAAUCGACAACAGUGCAACAAGUCGAUUGUCACACGUCAAGGAACUACCUUCACUCAUCU